CGGAGUUGCGCCUCCUUUUUCAAGCAAUGGGUUGAAAUCCUGCCCUGUGUGUCGGUCUGUGAGUUGGGACCUCCAGUCUGCGGACGAUGAGCGCGUUUUUUGCCUCGGUCUGAAAGCGGUAACAGACUUUCGCUAUUUUUUCUUCCUUCUCUGUGUAAACUUUUGUUUUUCUUUCGCAAGAAACCGCCGGGUUUGAGGAGACUCGGAAGGACUGGCUCAUAAAUCAGAUCGGACUGUCGGGUCCAGGCGCACCGUUACGCGCGUCUGGAAAGGCACAAAGGAUUUGUUCACACGAAACACCUAGAGGUUUUUUUGCUGUUGUAAUUUUUAUUUUUAUUUUUUUUCUUGCCAAAGUUGAAUGAACCCGUUGGCUCUGCGGUUUUUUUUUUUUUGAGUGCGGGCAGCGGGAAUUGGGCAGUAACCUGGAUUGGAUGCACCGCUGGAUACGAAGCGUUGAGCUGCGCAACAGCGGUGUGGCACAUCGCCCGGCUCAUUACAGAGAUCUUGUCAUGGGUCAAGAAAUAUGGCUUUUUAAUGUUGUCUGACAAAUAAAAACACAUUAUUUGUUACUUCCUUUCAUGAUCUCAGAACCUCCUCCGCCGCCGGACAGUUUUGUACAACAGCAGAGGGAAAGCUGUCAUUUGGAGGCGCUAUCAGUGGUGAGUGAAGACCAGUCCUUAUUCGAGCCUCCGUACGCUGCUGCUGCCCCUCUUCCCAAAACAGAUAUGACUGCAUCUGGCACACAGGAUUAUGGCCAGACCCACAAAAUAAACCCGCUACCCCCACAGCAGGAGUGGAUCAACCAACCUGUGCGGGUCAAUGUCAAGAGAGAGUAUGAGCACAUGAACGGCUCCAGCAGAGAAUCUCCUGUGGACUGCAGCGUGGGUAAAUGCAAUAAGCUUGUGGGGGGUAAUGACACAUCUCAGAUGACUUAUGGAAACUACAUGGAUGAGAAGAGCGCUCCUCCUCCCAACAUGACCACCAAUGAAAGGAGGGUCAUUGUACCUGCAGAUCCCUCACUGUGGUCUCAUGACCAUGUACGCCAGUGGCUAGAGUGGGCCAUCAAGGAGUAUGGCUUGCUAGAGAUCGACACAGCAAUGUUUCAAAACACAGACGGCAAAGAGCUCUGCAAGAUGAGCAAAGAGGACUUCCUCCGGCUUACCACCAUGUACAACGCAGAAGUGCUUCUGUCACAUCUCAAUUACCUCAGGGAAAGUAGUUCAUCUUUAUCCUACAACACACCAUCUCACACAGACCCGUCCCCUCGUCUGGCUGUCAAAGAAGAUCCUUCUUAUGAUGCCGUACGGCGAACAGGCUGGACCAACAACAUGCACAGUGGCAAAGGCUCGCCAGUAGUUACCCAGAAUGUGAGCAAGUCCAAUGAGCAGCCCAGAGCUCAGCCAGAUCCGUAUCAGAUUCUGGGGCCCACCAGUAGUCGCCUAGCCAACCCAGGUUCAGGUCAGAUACAGCUGUGGCAGUUCCUCCUGGAGCUGUUGUCUGACAGCGCCAACGCCAGCUGCAUCACUUGGGAGGGAACCAACGGCGAGUUUAAGAUGACAGAUCCAGACGAGGUGGCGCGACGUUGGGGUGAGCGCAAGAGCAAGCCCAACAUGAACUAUGAUAAGCUGAGCCGUGCGCUGCGCUACUACUAUGACAAAAACAUCAUGACCAAGGUGCACGGCAAACGCUACGCCUACAAGUUUGACUUUCACGGCAUUGCUCAGGCGCUGCAGCCACACCCAACAGAGUCCUCCAUGUAUAAGUACCCCUCGGACCUAACCUACGUGCCUUCCUACCACGCCCACCAGCAGAAGGUCAACUUUGUGUCUCCCCACCCGCCAUCCAUGCCAGUAACAUCCUCCAAUUUUUUUGGACCCACUGCUCAGUACUGGAGCUCACCCACUGCAGGCAUUUACCCCAACCCAAACGUUCCCCGCCACCCUAACACCCACAUGCCUUCCCACCUGGGCAGUUAUUAUUAGCAGCCUUCCCUGAGCAGCCUUGAAAUCCUACCUUUUCCUCAAUCGCUGAACCUGCACUCCUUAUACUGCCAAGCCAGGGACAACGGAUGAAGGCAUUUUGUACUUUGAAGAAAUUUUUCUCCUGCAUGAAGGAAGAUUAAUUUGAUUUGUUACUUGUUUAAGAUUCUAAACAGCAACUGGAUGACGCUAUGAUCUAAAAUGGAAUACUACUUACCUUUAAGAGACUAGCAACGUUUUGUUCAUGUCUUAUGGAUGUGUGUUUUAUCUUUAAUGUGCCUUUCUUCUCCGUUCUCCUUCACCUGCUAGCUGAAAGGUGCCUUUAGACAUUUUUUCAAACAGAUCUUCACGACAGGAGAUGACCCAAAGUUAGUCUGUCUCCUCGUCAUACUAACAAAACAGACAUGGGCCUGGCACUUCUAGGUCUCAAUCUACACCCUUCUCAGCACAUCAUGUACAUUGUGCUUGAAAGCAUCUGCCUCUGCCGCUUGUCUACUACCUUAAUGGGGUUUCCUCCACUGUCUCUGUCUCCUCGUUUGAUUGUGUGUGUGUGUGUGUGUGUGAAGAGUCCUCUGGAAUUUGGUGGACAAAGAGGAGCCUGGACUUUUUCUCAGCACUGAAUGAAAUUUGGCAACUGGAAUGUGCCAUUCAAAAUGCCAUUUAAUUUAUCCUCCAAACUGGAAGGCUAGAAAAGAGUAAGAUGCCAAAGAAGGAAGCGCUGUAUGUUCUGCUGACCUGGGUCAACUCAGCUGCUUUAAAAUGUUUUCUGUGUGUAUUGCGCUGAUUGAGAUGAUGGGGGGGGGGGGGGGGCGUGUGCAGUUGAGUCAUAUAAAUUGUGCUGCGGAAGCAGAGACAUAAUAUAGUUGAGGUAAUUUGCUGCAAUAUUUCUGCCUGGGUCACAUGAGCUCAGUGGGGCCACACACUCGGCUGUUUAAUGUCUGCCAUGUUUUUCUGUCUUGCCUAUGCCAUUCCAAGAUGUUUUGUUGCUCCGCCACGUCAGUGUUAAUGUGAAUGUUCUCAGAUUUGUGAAGCAUACAUAAAAUGAAAAGCCCUCAAAAAAAAAAUCUAAACUUGUCAGAUGCAGUCUAAAAUCUGAACCACAAGAAAUACCAUUUUGAAGAUGUUUUUUUUUUUUUUUCUGAAGUACCUUUGGUUUUAUGCAUUGUGGCUGCCUGAGCUCCUAUACUACGUUCAUGCCGGGCUUGUGUCGCAAGUACAAGAUUGCGCUGAAUGUGGGUUCUUCUUCGCGCCUUUAGCAGAUGGUGUUCACACCGGACCAAUACUGGCGCAUGGACCAAUGUUGGAAGAGGAUUGGUGUGAAAUGUCGAAGGGAUGCAAUUAUCGUGAAUCUUCCUCCAGGCUUUUUCUUUCACAUCUCUAUUCCAAUAUACUUGGUAUCCUAGAAUUCCAGCCUGGCACAAUCCACAAUUUUUAAUUUCUCCUUCACGAUCAAUUUUCAAACGUUUGGUAUUUUCAUGAGUUGUAAAGGACACCAUCCACCUGAAAACUGACUCAAAAUCUUGCAUAGCGAUGUGUGAAGGUGGGAGUUUAAAUUCAGAUGCGCAAAAUGCGCAUUUAGGCGUGUUUACACAUAAUUUUCUUUGGAAGUGGCCGCUUGAACGUGCGUUGCUGAGGCCGGUGUGAACAUAGCAUCAUAAAAUGGUUUAAUUACUGAAUUAGUGAUUGUUUUUAUAUAUUUAAGAGGAACAAACAAAUAUCUGACAAGUUGUGAUUUUGAUUUAAAAAAAAAGAAAAAAACCUAAAACAACCGCAAAGUUUUGUCUGUCUUUUAAAGCUAUUCAUGAUCACACAGGUCAGAGCACAAAAGUGACAUAGCUGCAAGUCAUGUCAAUGGAGAUGGUCAGUUCUUACAUUGACCAGGGCUGGAUCCGAAGAUGAGAGAAGCACAGUUGAUUGAAUGUCUGUCAGUCUCUCAGUCAGGAUCAAAUAUUCAUUGUUAUGUAACAGUAAGUCAUGUCCAUGUCAACGCCUUCAGAGCUGUUCAUAUCAAAAUAUUUCCUUUACAGAAAUAAAAAUGGACUGUUGAGAUAAAUCAUAUGGAACCGUAUCC